AUGACGAUGAUUAUAGCAGCACCAACGGAGUCACCAACAACGAAUGACAACAACAGCGCCAACAUCAACUUUGCCACUGAUCAUGUCGCUACGCCAGCAUUCACAGUGCCAACACCAGCACCGACAACAACGGAGAGAACUAAUUUGAAAAAACAUUUAAAACAAGGAAAACAGGAUGUGGAAGCUACGAUAUCUGCAAUGAACUUCACCGGCCCAGCAGUUAUUGACUGGGAAAAUUGGCGCCCUUUAUUUAAUAGGAACUUUGGUAGUAAGAGAAUUUACCAAUCUUCUUCUAGAAAAUUGGUAAAGAGACAACAUCCAACGUGGAAUAGAACUCAAAUAAUCCGAGAAGCCAAAAUUGAAUUUGAGAGAGCUGCCAGAGAAAUGAUGGAAUCUACUUUAAAUUUGGGUGAAAAAUUACGAAAUGAAGCAAGAUGGGGAUUUUAUGGUUUCCCCAGAAUCUACAGAAAACACCUGAACAAAACCAGAAUCGGCAACGACAGGUGAGUAUGAUUUACUUGUAUACUUCUUACAUUCUGUUUACCACAAAAUAAAAGCUCAUGGCGAGUAAAUAACGACACCUCGAUAUGGUGAAAUGAUUGUUAAACCUACUUCGAAUCGCACUCUAACAUGUGAAAAAUAGAUGGACACAUUAGCUAGGUCAGUCUUCGAUAUACUAAAAUGUCGAGAUAACCAAACUUGGGACUUCUUAAUCAUAGGCCAGUUCUAUUAGUGCUGAACAGACUAAAAGAGUUCCAUCUAGUCCAUCCUUUGUGGGGUCGAGU